ACACUACAAUUCAGACAUUAUAGAUGAUCGCAGAUGACAUCGAUGUCAGCUGGGCCUUAGCACACGUUUCUUCCAUGUAGGCUCUAAUUUAUGGAUAUUUCUGACAUAAAAUGACAGACUACGGCGAGGAGCAGCGGAAUGAACUAGAAGCAAUAGAGUCAAUUUAUCCAGACUCAUUUACAGUGCUUUCCGAAGAGCCCUCAAGCUUCACCAUCACAGUUACGUCUGAUGCUGGAGAAAAUGAGGAGACGGUGGAGGUGACCCUGAAAUUUACAUAUGUGGAGAAAUAUCCAGACGAGCCCCCUUUCUGGGAGAUCCACUCACAGGUGAACCUGGAAGAUUCAGAUGCAGAAGAUAUUCUUACACUUUUGAAGGAACAGGCUGAAGAAAACCUGGGAAUGGUUAUGAUAUUCACGUUAGUUACAGCUGUGCAAGAGAAACUUAAUGAAAUAGUUGACCAGAUUAAGAGCAGAAGAGAAGAGGAGAAACAAAGAAAAGAAAGAGAGGAUGAGGAAGCCGAAAAGUGUGCAUUCCAAGGCACAGUGGUCACAAUUGAGAACUUCUUAUCAUGGAAAGCAAAGUUUGAACAAGAAAUUACAGAACUAAAGAGGAAAAAGCAGAAAGAAGAGGAGCAGUCUGCAAAGGGAAAACUCACAGGAAAACAGCUUUUUGAGACUGACCAUAAUCUUGACACAUCAGAUAUCCAGUUUUUGGAGGAUGUUGGGAACAGUGUGGAAGUGGACGAGUCACUAUUCCAAGACAUGGAUGAUUUGGACCUGGAUGAAGAUGACCCUGAUUUCAACCCUCUGGACCUGGCUAGUGAUGAAGACUGAAGUGUGUUAACGCUCGACCAGACAUGAAUAGUAUACAUGCCAACAUCCUCUGCCUGUGGAGCUGGACUUCAGCUCAACCAUUCGAAACACAAACUUUUCAGUAACCACCAUCUAUGAUGCUGUAUUUUACAAUAUUGUAUCAUAAUUCGUACAAUUAUUGCCAUUAAAAUCCAUCGUCAUGUUCUG